CUUUGAUGCUCGACUGGCUGUCAAAGUCGAAUUUUGAUGUCGAGUUUGCGUAGGAAUUUUUUUAUGAUAAUUUUUCGUGUGAAAAGUUGAUAAAAAGUGAGGAAAAAAUGGACACACGGAAACUCAUUGACCUCCUCCGGGCCACAAUGGACCCAAAUCAGCAGCAGCAGGCCGAGGAGCAGCUGAAUCAAAUCCACAAGAUAAUUGGCUUUGUGCCAACGCUGCUGAGGAUCGUGAUGCAAAAUGAUGUGGAUUUACCCGUAAGGCAGGCUGGUGUGAUUUACCUGAAGAACCUCAUAACGCAGAAUUGGCAGGAUCGAGAUUCCGAGCCGGGUGUACCGAUGAUGUACUCAAUUCACGAACAGGAUCGUGCUAUGAUUAGGGAUAGUAUUGUUGAGGCGGUGGUACACUCUCCGGACAUUAUACGUGUCCAAUUGGCCAUUUGUGUGCAUCACAUUAUUACGUCGGAUUUCCCAGGGAGGUGGACACAGAUUGUGGAUAAAAUUAGUAUAUUCCUGCAGAAUCCCGAUGCAAAUGGGUGGACGGGGGCACUUCUUUGUCUGUAUCAAUUGACAAAGAAUUACGAAUAUAAAACGGCAAAAGAUCGUGUUCCCUUAACGGAGGCAAUGAACCUCCUUCUACCCAUGAUGUACCAUUUAAUGGUUAACCUCAUGCAAGAUGCUUCGGAACAGAGUGUUCUGCUGCAGAAGCAAAUCCUCAAGAUCUACCACGCACUCACACAGUACUCAUUGCCGUUGGAUCUCAUCUCACGCGAGACCUUCUCGCAGUGGAUGGAGGUUUGUCGGCAAAUUGUGGAACGUCCUGCCCCGGAUUCGAGUCACAUUGAGGAGGAUGAACGCCCCGAAAUGCCCUGGUGGAAGGUCAAGAAGUGGGCAAUGCACAUUAUGGUGCGAAUGUUUGAGCGCUACGGUAGCCCCGGGCAUGAGAUAAUAAAGGAUUAUCAGAAAUUUGCCACGUGGUUCCUACCGACAUUCACCACGGGGAUCCUUGAGGUCCUCCUGAAGGUUCUCGAUCAGUACCGCAACAAAAUCUACGUUUCCCCGCGUGUCCUCACCGAUACGCUGAACUACCUUAAAUUGGCCAGCGAACAAGCGUACUCGUGGAAGUUAAUUAAACCCCACAUGGUUGUCCUCAUUCAGGACGUAAUCUUCCCCAUAAUGUCCUACACGGAUGCCGAUCAGGAGCUCUGGGAAACGGAUCCGCAUGAAUAUAUUCGAAUAAAGUUUGAUGUUUUCGAAGAUUAUGGGUUCCCCGUGCCAGCUGCUCAGGCCUUCCUCCUUGCAAGCUGCAAGAAGCGCAAAGGGAUCCUCCAGAAGACAAUGCAAGUUGUCAUGGAGGCCCUAAUGCACCCCAAUUCGGAUGCAAAACAAAAGGAUGGGGCCCUACACAUUGUUGGUACCCUUGCGGAGGUUUUGCUCAAGAAAAAGAUGUUCCGGGAACAAAUGGAGACACUCCUCAUGAGUUAUGUUUUCCCGGAAUUCGGCAGCCCGCAUGGGCUACUGAGGGCACGUGCCUGCUGGGUGACGCACCACUUUCACGAGAUUAAACUGAAGAAUCCGCAAGUUUUGGCGGAAAUAAUGCGUCUCACAUCGACAGCCCUUCUCACGGAUAAGGAGCUCCCGGUGAAGGUGGAGGCAGCCAUUGCGCUCCAAAUGUUCCUAACGACACAAGAUCACUCCCAUCAGUACAUUGAGGCGCAAAUAAAGCCAAUUACAAUGGAAAUUCUCACGAUAAUUCGGGAGACACAGAAUGAGGAUCUCACGAAUGUUAUGCAGAAAAUUGUGUGUACUUACUCCGAUCAAUUGUUGCCCAUCGCUGUGGAGAUUUGUCAGCAUCUCGCAACGACAUUCAGUCAGGUGCUCGAAUCAGACGAUAGCAGCGAUAGUCGUGCCAUAACAGCUAUGGGUUUACUAAAUACCAUCGAAACCCUCUUAUCUGUAAUGGAGGAUCAUCCGCAAAUAAUGUCAAAUCUCCAUCCAAUUGUUAUUCGUGUUGUUGGGCAUAUUUUCCAACAGAGUGUCAUUGAAUUCUACGAGGAGGCCUGUUCACUUGUGUAUGAUCUCACAGCGAAGGUCAUUACGCCGGAUAUGUGGCAAAUGCUAGAGCUGAUCUAUCAGGUAUUCCAGAAUGAUGGUUAUGACUAUUUUGUCGAUAUGAUGCCUGCCCUGCAUAACUAUGUCACCGUCGACACGGAUGCCUUCUUGUCGAAUCAAAAUCACCUCAUUGCCAUGUUUAAUAUGUGCAAAUCCAUCCUCACGGGGGAUGCUGGUGAGGAUCCCGAAUGUCAUGCCGCAAAGCUCCUUGAGGUUAUUAUUCUGCAGUGCAAGGGGCGCAUUGAUGAGUGCAUCCCGAGUUUUGUUGAAUUGGCCCUAAGUCGUCUCACGCGUGAAGUUAAAUCAUCCGAAUUGCGCACCAUGUGUCUCCAGGUCGUCAUCGCGGCAUUGUAUUACAACCCGACACUUUUAUUGUCAAUCUUGGACAAGAUGCAAUCGCAGCUUCAACAACCUGGCUCUGAAUCAAUUUGUUCGCAUUUCAUCAAGCAGUGGCUCCACGAUACGGAUUGCUUUUUGGGGAUCCACGAUAGAAAACUCUGCGUACUGGGACUGUGUACGCUCAUGUCGAUGGGAGAGGCAAAGCCACCGGUGCUGAAUGAGCUGGUGAAUCGCAUCCUGCCCGCACUUAUUCUCCUCUUUGAGGGCCUGAAGCGUGCCUACCAGGUACGUGCGCAGGAAGCCGAAGAGGAGGAAAGUGAGGAUGACGACGAUGACUGCGAGGAGGCACUCUCGAGCGAUGAGGAUGAUCUCGAGGAGGCAAAUCCCAAUUAUUUGGCAAAUCUCGGUGAGCGGAUAAAGGAGAAGGGGGCAAAUCACAAUUAUGACUUUACGGCAAUCAUCAAGGAUGGGGAUGAUGAUGAUUCAGAUGGGAAUGCAGACGAUGAAGUUAGCAAUGAGAUUGAUGAGACUGCUCUCGAGAGCUACACAACACCUCUCGAUGAUGACGAUGAUCCCCAAACUGUCGAUGAGUACAUCACUUUCCACGAUGUCUAUCAAAAUUUAGCAAAAGGAGACGUUUCAUGGUAUGAAGCUCUCAAUGGUACGCUUAGACCGGAUCAGGUGCAAGCAAUAAAUGAAAUCCUCCUCCUGGCGCAACAGAAGAGACAUCUCAAACAAUCCAAGCAAAUCGAAAAGAGUGGGGGUUAUGCUUUCACGCAACAAACAAUUCCGACAUCUUUCAACUUUAGUGGAUCAUAAACUGACGACUCCCUCAUUUAUUUUUUAAUUAACUAAAAAAAAGAAAACCCUAAUUAAGCCGUGAAUGAGAUGAGAAAAAAAAAACGAAAAAUGAAGAAAAAACUAGAAUAAGCGUAAAUUGUUAAAAAUAUUUUGCUUUUUAACAACAAAAAAUGUACACAACAGAUCAUUUAAAAAAAAAGAACUAAAAACAUCAAACACCAAAAUUUACAACAAAAAGAAGAAA